AUGGGGGUUAUUUGCGAUCGUAAGAUUCUCAAUCGGUUGAAAGAAAAAUUCUACCGUACCGCCAUAAGACCCGUAUUGAUGGAUGAUAGCGAAUGUUGGCGAAGAAAAGACAACAUCGUGUCCAAAAUGAGUAUAGCCGAGAUGAGGAUGUUGCGACGGAUGUACGGACACAGAAGAAUGGAUAGAAUUAGAAAUGAGAGUAUUACAGAUAAAAUAGGAAUAAUUGGACGCUGCCAGAGGGAGUUCCAGCAGCAACAGCAGCUCAGGGCUUGCCAACAAUGGAUCCGCCGACGUGCCCAACGCGGCGGUGGCUCGGCCGAUGAUGACAUCGAGCUCGUGACUGAAGACGACGACGUGAACCAGAGGACGCCAGCCCUCCGACAGUGCUGCAACGAGCUGCGUCAAGUUGACCGCAUGUGCGUGUGCCCAGUGAUAAGGCACGCGGCUCAACAGGUGAGGUACCAGGGACAGCACCAGCCACAGCAGGUGAGACAGAUGUUCCAAGCUGCUAGGAACUUGCCCAACAUCUGCAACAUCCCUGUCGGACAAUGCCAGUUCCAGGCUACCCCUUACUAAACCUGAAACCGGCACGUACGUGCAUGCAUGCAUGUUUCAAGGGUUUUGAAUUCGGCGUGGAGUUGAGUCGUCACACCUAAUCGUGUGAGUGGGUGCAUGUAUGCUGAGGUUAGAAGCAAAAUAAUGUAACUUGCACUCAUCCUUAAUAAAACGUUUUAACGUCUUCUCUA